AUGCUCACUACCACGCGCGCCAGGCGGCAUAUCUUUUGUUCGAGAACUCCCCCAACUGAAAAUCAGAGUCCCUUUCGUCUUUUGGUGCAUAUCAUUUAUCAGUAUCUUGCAGAUCACAAUCUUUACUCUACUAUCGCUCGCUAUUCUUCACCUUCGUUCUCGACAGAAACACGCUUUGGACAGUCACUCGCUUUACCAAUCCCCCCGAGACCAUCAUCACACACCUUUCGUUUCACCCCAUUCCUAGAAGGCAUUUAUAUACAUCUCGACAAUUGGAAGAUAAAAUUUUGGUCAAGGAGUCGAUCGAAGAGGAAUACCCCGCCGCUCGACGGCAACACAGAGCAUUCCUGGGUACAGAAACAUACGGGCAAUCAUGUGGACUCCUUCAGUGGCAGUCUUUGCCUCUCUGGCUCUCCUUCCCUCCGUCCUUGCAACAGACAUCUUGAAAACCAGUGGUGUGUCGAAUUGCAACAAUGGGUCGUCUCAGAUCAAAGUCAACAAACUCGACAUUUCUUUCGAUCGUUCGACGAACAAUAUCAAUUUCGAUGCUUCAGGUACCAGUGAACAGAAACAAUAUGUGACGGCGCACCUGGUGGUCCAGGCAUAUGGUAUACAAGUAUACGAGAAAGAGUUCGACCCCUGUUCACCAGAUACGAGAGUCGAUCAACUCUGUCCCGUACCGGCAGGAACAUUUUCCGCCAAUGGAAGUCAAGAGAUCCCUUCUUCGUAUACCUCACUCAUUCCCUCGAUCGCAUACUCGCUACCUGAUCUUGACGGAGACGCUCAAUUGACCCUGAAGAAUAAAGGAGGACAACAAAUUGCGUGCGUACAAUCUGGUGUCACAAAUGGCAAGUCUGUAGAGGUGCCUGCCGUGUCAUAUGUUGCGGCAGCUGUUGCGGCGGCAGCCUUGGGUGUGUCACUUGUCGGUGCCGCUGCCGCGGGCGGUCAUCCUGGUGCUAGCUCCUCAAGCCCUGGAUUCUCAGAGGUUGUGUGGUGGUUCCAGGGACUGGCCAUGAACGGCAUGCAUUCAGUGCCAUAUCCUAGCAUCUAUCGGAGCUUCGCCAAAAAUUUCGCCUUCAGUACGGGUCUAGUCUCCUGGGGCGGCCUCCAAAGGUCGAUUGACAGUUUCCGAUCACAUACUGGAGGCAAUCUGACCAACGAGAAUUACAAUGACCUCAAAAAUACCACCCUGGUGUUUUCCGAUGGGUCUACGGCCCAGACUACUACUAACAUCGGCAAACGUGCUCUUUUGUUCCUGCGAGACGUCAGCACCAAGAUCAACGGCACCGAUGACUCUAGCUCUGGCUCAGACUCGGACUCGACAUCGCAUCUUGUCAAGGGCAUCCAAGGCUACGUCGAACAACUCACCAUUCCAGAAACCAACACCUUUAUGACCGUUCUUCUCAUAUUCGCUAUAGUGAUUGGCGCGAUUGUUGUUGGCAUUCUACUGUUCAAGGUCAUUCUCGAAGCCUGGGCACUCUUUGGCAAAUUCCCAAAGGCCCUCGCCACUUUCCGCAAGGAAUACUGGCGCGUCAUGGCUCAGACCAUCACUUCUCUCAUUCUUUUGCUGUAUGGUGUCUGGACACUGUACUGUAUUUUCCAAUUCACCCAUGGCGACUCGUGGGCUGCUAAGCUUCUGGCUGCUUUGACCUUGGCGUCGUUCACAUUGCUUCUCGCUUUCUACACUUGGAAGAUCUGGAGUGUUGUCCACAAGCUUAAGAAGCUGGAAGGCAACGCCGACGCUCUUUACGAAAACAAAGAAACCUGGAAGAAGUACAAGCUCUUUUACGAAAACUACAAGCGUGGCUACUGGUGGCUGUUCGUGCCGGCCAUUGUCUACAUGUUUGCCAAAGGGUGUGUCUUGGCUGCCGGCGAGGGCCACGGCAUGUUCCAAACCGUUGGUCAGCUGAUCAUCGAGUCGCUCAUGCUCAUUUUGCUGCUUUGGAGCCGACCCUACAACCGCAAGUCCGGCAACUGGAUCAACAUCAUCAUUCAGAUCGUCCGAGUCGCUUCGGUCAUCUGCAUCUUGGUGUUUGUGGAGGAGCUCGGAAUCGCCCAGACGACCAAGACAAUCACCGGUGUGGUGUUGAUCGCCGUCCAGUCCGGCUUGACGGCGAUCCUCGCCCUCUUGAUCUUCAUCAACAGCAUCAUCACCUGCUGCAAGGAGAACCCUCACCGUAAGCGACGCAAGGCCGCCGAGAAGCAAAUCCACGAGGACAUCGAAGGGGACGCGUUCCUCAUGGAGCCGAACCCUUAUACCUCGUCGCCGUCUCGGGGUACGGGCAAAGUCUCCGACCCGGCCCAAGGGUACGAACCGAUGCGUGCCAACGCGUACUCUCGAUUCGGUCCCAUUCGCGAUGACAGCCAAGAGACCCUCGUCAAGGGCGCGGCCGGCAUGGGAUACACGGGCUAUCGAAGUUUGAGCCACGGACAAGAUUCCAUCACCGAGGGCGGCAGUCCACCUCCUCCUUUCUCCCGGACCCCGAGAUUGCCAGAUCUCGCUUUUGAACAGUACAGACACAAAUAAAGGUUGGGCGAGGUUUCUUUUGUGAUUUUUGUUAUCCAGCAAGCGUUGUUGCGGCUCAUGCGAAAAUUGGUUCGGAUGUUUUUGAUAUAUAUAUGUAUAUAUCAUCGGGCAUCUCUCUUGAUACGCCGAAGAUUAUGACUUUUGAUUGGGAAGGGGCUCACUCUCCUUGAAACAAGCAUAGCGUGGGGCUUUUUCCUAAAGCCUGGGGGUUGGAUUGGUGACCUGAUAACACGAGAGGGACGGAUAUACUCGUCACGAUAUGGGGGAGAAACUGGUAGAUUUAUAGCUUAAUAUUAUCCUUGCACAUACC